AUGUUCAGCAAUUAUAAUCAUUUCGUUCAAAAAGGAUAUGGAAAUUUUGAAGAUGAUGACGACGAUAUUGAAAGCUCACAAGAAAGCGAACAAUCAUCUCAAAGUUCUCAAUCUAGCGAAGAAAUGGACUCUUCCGGAGAGGAGGAGGAGGAGCAUGUAGAUCCUUGGUCACGCAUUCAAAAUGAAGUUUGUAAUCGCCACGAAGCCCAGCUAGAAGCUCUGAUCAACGAGUAUGAACAAAACGGAGACUCGCCUGAAGUGGCCCGCAUUAAAGCUGAAAAUGCUUUGCUUCCAGUAUAUAGAAAGGAAUUGAGAAAAGUGUUCUUAGAGUUUUUACAGUGGAUGCAUGCAAUGAAGAAAGAUCCGACAUUCCGAAAAGUGAUGGAAACCCGCCAAGAUCUCAAAGACACAGAAGGAAUUGACUGGCUGGAAUCGACAGAACUGGCCAUCGAUAAGCGGAAAUUCUUACUCAAUCAAUUGUUUGUCAAACAAACUGUUCCCGAAGACUAA